AUGUUUACAGCAGGUCAAUCUAUCGAUUCUUCUAUAAUGCACAGAAAACAAGGUACUUUUUCAUAUAGAAAGAACAGUCCACAGACGAAGGAUCUUGAUAAUAACCUCCGUAUAAAAACUGAAAAAAUGACGAAUGAUGUAGCAAGAGUUUAUUUCGUAGACAACCAAGGAAUUCCAACUCCACCUCCAGCCAAUGUUGUUUGUACAUGUUUAUCAACCGGUGAGGUUAUACAAUCGGCAGUAAUCAAUGGUGCAGUUAGUUUUAUUAUACUUUGGAUGUAUAGUUAUGAAAUUAAG